AAAGCACUAACUUCCAUCUCUCCUGACCAGCCAUUGACAUGGAACAACAAUAUCUCCUGAGGCAGUAGGAGGGUUCUUCAUGAGAAAAUGCUCCAAGUGAAGGAUGGAAUGAAUCAGCCCUUAGAGAAGAAGGAACAGGCUGAAAGGGGGGCGAAUCAGCUGAAGGCUCAGCCCGAGGAAGGAGGAUUCUCCUCUGUGUCCCACAGCAGAUACUACUCCUUGAUUCAGGAUCAGGCUCGAGAGUUGACCCACCUAAGGCAGAAGAUGAGGAUUGGGAGAGUUGUCUCUUCCCUUCUCAUUCAGCAUGUCAAUGAUGCAGUAAAGAUCUUUGAGGAGCUACUCAGUAGCAAUAACAUUGACCAUUCUAUGGAGCAGCACUUCCGUGAGCAGCUGGUCAAGGGAAGCCAGCUGGCAGAGAGCCUUGCCAGCAAAUUCAGCACUGAUGACUAUACCAAUAAGAAUCAAGCAGGACGGGCACUGCAAACCCUCAGUAUCUUAAGGAAGAUGCAUAAGAAGGAUAAAGUGACUGAAGUCCUAGAGACCAAGCAGGAUGAUAGGUCCCAGAUGCAGCCCCAGAUCCACUCCAGCAGCACCUCCUCAUUGUUUGCUGAGCAGGGAGUGCAUCCUGCUGUGGAUGUAGCCAAUGUCAGCCCUGCCACACCUGUGGAUUCAGUUACAUUACCUAGUAACUAUUCAGGAGCCAGACCAAACCAGCAGUUCUAUCUUCUGAAAGGCACCACACCACAUCACACCACCCAGCUGAGUAGGACUCCAGAACCUGGGCACCAUGGCAGCAGUGGCCCAUGGGAUGAGAUGAGGCCUCAGAAAAUGAAUGUAUCUGGGAAUCUGUCCUCCUUCUCCUCUUUGCACCGACCUGACUCCAAACCCUCAGGGUCUGACCUGCUGGAAAAGCAUCUUGUUGAGAUCCAAAACCUGCGCCAGCGCCUGGAGGAGUCUGUCUGCUUCAAUGAUCACCUUCAGGAGAGGCUGGAACACGUGCUGAGCAAUGCUGACCAAGGAAAAAGUACUACACAGUCAGUCCCAGAUGUCUGCCUCGCAACCCUUCAUUCAUACACUAAGAGUCACUCUUCUGGCUCUGGUCAGGACUUCCUGUGA